AUGGCAUCAAAAUCUGCUAGUGGUGCUGCGAAACGCAAAAUAAAAAAACAAAAAGAAGAAUCUGUUAAGCGAAUGCCGAAAAUUGAUACGUAUUUUAAACAAAACCACGAAGAAACAGAAAAAGAGCAAUAUAUUGAUGUCUUAGGUACUUUAUUAAAUACAAUUAAUACUUCUAAUAAUUCAGUCUUAGAGCCAACUGAAAUAUCUAUUCAUUUUAAAGAACCACUCAACCACCAAGAAAAACGUUUUAUUAUUUCACAAGGCCCUUGUCAGCCUAAGGGUCCAUUUCCAACUGAUAGUGAUAAUUCUAGAUCAUUUUCAGAAAAAUUUUACUAUUUUACAAAUCAGGCUAAUAUUACCUUAAAACGUACAUGGCUAUGUUACUCAUUAACUUUAAAUAAAAUAUAUUGUCAAUGCUGUUGGUUGUUUUCUACUCAAGAUAGAAUUAGUUCAUCUUGGGUUACGGGAAAUAAUGAUUGGAGACAUCUUACUCAAAAUAUUAAACGCCAUGAUAAUUCAAAUGAUCAUAUUCAAUGUUGUAUUAUAUUUGAACAAUGGCGCUUAAAUAAAACAAUUUCCGAAGAAAUGGAAUUAUCUAUUCAAAAUGAAUGUAACUUUUGGAGACAAGUAUUAGAUCGGAUUAUCAAUGUCACUUUAACAUUAGCUACAUCCAACUUGUCUUUUAGAGGUCAUCGAGAAACAGAAUUUAGUAAAAAUAAAGACUCUGAUGGUAAUCCUAAGACAUUGCAAAUAAAUGAAUCAUUUAUUGGCUUUGUCGAAAUUUUAGAUCAAUCAGGUGCUGGUUUAGAAGAAUCUAUUAUUAAUUGUAUAACAAAAAAUAAUUUAAAUUUGUCAAAACUUCGUGGUCAAGGGUAUGAUGGGGCUGCCAACAUGAGUGGUGUAUAUUCAGGUGUCUAG